CUUCCGCGCUGACCCGGAAGUGAUUCCCGCUUCCUGUGAUGAGGAGGAGGAGCAGAGAGGGUCACGUGACGGCUUGAGGGAGGAGAGGAAGGAGAGGGAGCGGCUGGAGAGGUCGGUGUCUCACGAGACAGCCGCCGCCGCCCGGAUGUUGUCGGAGGGACGUAGCAACCUGGUCGCUAGGGACGCUGAUGGCCGCCCCAGCCGCGCUAUGACCCUUGACCCCUCGCUCUACAGGCGGGAGCAGGGGUUCUUCCCAGGCCGACACGGGGGGCCAGUGCCCUCGCCGACCACCCACCGACCGCCCUUCGGAGCAGCCAUGAGACAGCUGCCGUCCGGCGCGCCCCGACACCCCAACUUCCCGUUCGGCAAAGAGCUGGCCGGUCACUUCUCCGUGCCUGGGAUGACCCCUGACCUCUCCGGUGGACCCCCCAUGCCCCCGUCUGGCCCGCCCUUCCUGCCUGGUGUGGGCGGGAACCCGGGCGAGGACAAGUUCUGGGAACACGCGCGCUCCCACAUCAAGGAAGACAAGCUGCUGCAGUGCCCCAAGUGUGCGUUUGUCACCGAGUACAAGCACCACCUGGAGUACCACCUCCGCAACCACUUCGGCUCCAAGCCCUUCAAGUGCAACAAGUGCAACUACACGUGCGUGAACAAGUCCAUGCUCAACUCCCACAUGAAGUCUCACACCAACGUGUACCAGUACCGCUGCUCCGACUGUACCUACGCCACCAAGUACUGCCACAGCCUCAAGCUGCACCUCAAGAAGUACGACCACAAGCCGGCCACGGUGCUCAACCAGGACGGAAGUCUGCCGCAGGGCGUGGACGCCGAUGCCAGCGGUCUGUCCAUCAUUACCAAACGAGGCCCCCCACGAGGCCCGCGCGGAUCCCGCAAGGAGAAAGGAGGCGGCGACCCCUACAUGCGACAGUUGUUCGGGAUGCCACCUAUGCCGAUGAGCGUGCCGGGCAUGAAUCCGGUUCUCAACGGGAUGAUGCCGUUCUGGCCCAUGCUGCCUCACUCGGGAAUACCUGGCCACCCCAGCCCCCAGCCCGGGAUGUUGCCGGGGAUGGGCAACCUGGCGCGCCACAUGGGCAUGAGGCCGGAGGCUCCUGGCAUGGACGCCGGUAGCGGGAACGAGCUGAACGAGAGCAACACAAGCGAGGACAGCUCGUACCAGCUGAGGGAGGACGCGGACGCGCACGUGUGUCGCCUCUGUGAGCACGUCGCCGAGAGCUCCGAGGCUCUCUGUCUGCACUUCCUGCAGGCGCACAAGGACGAGACGGGGGCCGGCGAGGUGGCCAGGAUGUACAACAUCAGCGAGGCGGCGCUCACAGAGUCACUGCACAGCAACCACCGCGGUGUUGCCACGACGACGGACAGUCUGAGCGGUCGUCGCAUGUCGGAACCUGCCGGGGAGACUGGUGGAUCUGACCACGAGGUGACGGAGACGGAGCGGAGGAACACGAUCGCCGGCCUGUUGUUCCGGGACGGUGGGGAGAAGCAGACAGCGGGGGGGAGCAGGCUACAGGACAUGUGCUACCCCGGCGGGGAGUGCCAGAGGGAGGAAGACCGGCCCGGCGCCACAGACGGCAUGGACAUAUUGCAGCAGAUGACCCUCAAGUUUGGCAGCGGCACCAUGCCGGACACACGAGGGGGAGAGGACCAGAGGCAGGCCGGGGUCAGCGUGACCCAGGGUCAAGGUCGCCGGCGGCCGGGCAGCCAGCACAAGGAGAGCCCACUAGACCUUACCAAGCCCAAGUCUGUGUCCCCCGCACUGUCCAGCAACCCCAACUCUCCACGGAGGUCCUUCGAGAAUGAGGAGGAGGAGGGAGAGGAGGCCAUAGAGGAAGAGGAGGAAGAGCAGCGCAGACUGAGGUGUGUGCGCGACGCGAGGGACGGGGGGCUGUCCAAGGUCACACAGCUUUUGUUACGUAAGAGGCCGGCUCCUGAGGACGAGGAUGUGACCCCUGUGACCUCCAGCGUGCCCCCCACUGCCCCUGAGGUGCCCCACAUCGUGACCCGGAAGCGGUCGCGGAAGGGCAAGGCAUACAAACUGGACACUCUGUGUCGUAAGCUACAGGAGCGACACACGCGCUCGCCACAUGACACAGACGACUCCGACACUGACGCGCCUUUUGAACGUUUCCAGCCUCUCCACGCCACCACGGGGGGGACCCAUGGUGAGGGGGAUGUGGGGGGAUCCACGCACCGGCAGGGAGGCAGCAGCACGGAGGAGACGGAGGUAGAGGAAGGAGAGGGUCUGGAGGAGGGAGAGGUUCCCUCAGGGACACAGCCAAGUUCAAGGACGGAGGAGUUGAAGGUCGACCCGGAGGUCACGCCCCACAAGGACGACGAGUCUGAGCAGACGUGCCCCCCACAGACAGACGUAGGUCCGCGCGGGUUAUCGACAGCGAGCGAGCCCGUCAUUAAGGUGGAAGUGGUUGACGAGGGGAACGACACAGACUUCAAGGACAAGUCGAACGACACAGACUUCAAGGACAAGUCAAACGACAACAAAAUGGCAGCUUUUGACUUCCCGGGAGACGAAGACGAGGAGGACCCAGAGGUGGAGUUUGAGAAGCUGAAGAGAAGCCUGGACAUCCUCAACAACGGUUUACCCGACGAGCCGGCCGACGCGGAUAGUAGGUCAAGCCUGGUGGAGGGGAAGAAGGAGCGGGAAGAGAUGACGGUGAGCAACAAGCCUGUGUCUGAGGCGGGCAGCGACAAGACGGAAGACUACGUGGACGAGUUGGAGGAGAUGGAGGGGAAGGGUUUGUCUGAUCGGGACAGUUUGACAGGGGUCACUCCGCCAGUUGGGUGUCAGGACCGGCACAGAGGCGGGGAGGAAGAGGAGGAGGAGGAGGGAGAGGAGGACACCAAGGAGAUGAUCAACACAGUGCUGGAGAACCGGAAGAAGCCCCUCCCCCCGGCCGUACGACGCGGCACUGACCUGGCCUGGAAACUGCUCCACGACCCCAGAGUCAGAUAG